AUGGAGGCGUCACCACUCACGCGGCAGUCUCCGCCCGAGGUCUUCACCCCCAAGAUUGUUCAGCUGUACUCGUCGCUCUUCAAGGACGACGAAGAUGGCGACAAGUCGGACGGUUUCUGGACCGAGUUUUUCCUGCUCCGACCAGAUCGACCAGCGCUGCAGACCAUACUGAACGAAACCAUCCCCUCUGACGUCCUGCUGCUCGAUAGUCACACCAGAGACCUCUUCUCUCGCGCAAUCGAUACCAUCAAAGCGGGCCAAGGUCUUGCCCCUCUGCAUGCCCUUGAUACCCUGACAACCUUUCUCUCCUGCUUGCUGUCCAAAAAGUACCCCCAUCCUAGCUCCGACAUCAUCUCCGUGCUGGCCGGGCUCGACCACAUCGACACUGUCUUUACGGAUUUUGUCAGCACCGUGGAUGACAUAAUUCGCAAUGGGGCGGACUUUGAACUGCGGCAAAAAGCCAUCGACGUGCUCCUGGCCGUGACCUCUGGCGCCUACCAGACGACGCUCCUCACCUACCUGAUCCAGAAAGAUCUAUUUCCUUCGCUCAUCAAGUUCAUCCACGAGUCGGAGUCGCCCGGCCACAUCUUGGGAGCCUUCACACUCGUCGGCCUCUUGGCGAAUUACAACAAGUUUGAAUUCCAAAACCCCUAUCAGCUGCGACUCAACGACUUUGUCAAGGAGUCUACCAUCCAGAAGAUAAUCCAGUGCGUCGGAGACACUUGCCAGGCCUUGCGAUCCGACUACGUCGCUGUUCAGGAUGAUGUCCCGGAAGGGUGGUCACUCAGCAACACGCUAAGCAUGGUCGGCCUCGGUGCCGUUGUUCCGGGGCAGAAAAGGGCCGAGAAGAAGGUCGUCCACGAUGCAGAGACGGCGAAGAAACUCCUUAGCAGCUUACCGGGAGAGAAUGCGGCCGUUCUGGUGGCGACGUAUGACUUUGGCCACGCAAACAAGCUCUUCUGCUUCAACCUCGUCACCAUGGCGCCGGCUGAAAAGGGAAAGGAGCGGCCCGUGUCGAGCUUCGUUUCCCUCACGUCGUACCUGCUGCAGCAUGCCCAUCUCUCGCAUCGUAGCGCCCACUACGCGCACCUGAACCUCAUGGUUUUUCGCCUCCUGGUGGAGGAUCCCGUCGUGUGCAAGAAGAUGUGCAGCGACGAAUCAAAGGGCACAGUGCGCCUCUGCCGACAACGGAAGCCCUUUCUGCCGCACGUCAAAGGGGAGCGAGUCUUGGCCACCUGUCUCCUCGACAGCAUGAUUGGUGGCAUUAGCCACAACCUGAGGCGGCGUCUGGAUGUCGGCCUUUACAAUCUAUGCGUCGGAAUCAUGCUGCGCAUCAUCUCGUACCUCUCACGCUCCCGGACGCGGCUCGACUACCACUGGUCCGAGUUUUUCCGCUCCCUCCUGUCGUUGAUUCGGUUCCUCACGACGUACACGGCGGACCUCAAGGGUCUGCCGCAGAUAGAUACACUCCUCGACCACGUCGUCAACCUUCUUGCGCUGUCCCUUUCCGCCGGCGAAGCAUUUCUGCCGACGCCGGCCGCGUACGACGAUCUCUUCUACAAGGUGGUCGAGUGCGGCGACGUGCUCACCAAGUUCAGGGAUAAUUACGGCUUGCAAAAGCGUAAGAACAGCUCGAUAGACACGCUCAUCAGCGUCAGCACCCACUACAAGCAGAUGCUCACGUCCAAUGGUGGCUCCACCAAGAAGGCUAGCAACCUGACGACCUUUCAGGUUGUCGAGGUCAUCAAGCAGGGCUAUGAGACGCUGAGCAUUCAAGCCAAGGAAGGGCUCGACACGUGGGAUAGAUUCCGCGAGGCGGAUGAAAGAACGUUGCUGAAGAAGAUGGCGAGGACGUCGGUCGGUGAUGUGAGGGUCAUGGUGGAGCGGAGCGGCAAGCUCAAUACCUAA